CUACACGAUACACGAUGCACGAUACUCGUUAGCCGAUACUUGAUGCACGCGGAACAAGCCACGAGGUGCAACAAUUGAAGAAAAUCCAACGAAUUGUGCGGGAAAAUAGCUACGAGCAACCCCUGGAAUCAGUUAACAGUCACUCCGACGACAAUACAAUGUCCGCCAUGUCCGACUUGGAUCGCCAGAUCGACCAGCUGAAGCGCUGCGAAUGCCUCAAGGAGAGCGAGGUGCGGGCCCUGUGCCGCCAGGCGCGCGAGAUACUCGUCGAGGAGUCGAACGUGCAGCAGGUGGACACGCCGGUGGCUGUGGCCGGCGACGUGCACGGCCAGUUCUACGACGUGUUGGAGCUGUUUCGCGUGGGCGGCGAUGUGCCCGCCAAGAACUAUCUGUUCCUGGGCGACUUUGUGGACCGGGGCUACCACAGCGUGGAGACCAUCCAGCUGCUGCUGGCCCUCAAGGUGCGCUAUCCGGAUCGCAUCACUCUGAUACGCGGCAACCACGAGAGCCGCCAGAUCUCGGAGGUCUACGGGUUCUACGACGAGUGCCUGCAGAAGUACGGCUCCGCGUCCGUGUGGCACUACUGCACGGACGUCUUCGACUACCUCAGCCUGUCGGCCAUCAUCGACGGCAAGAUAUUCUGCAUCCACGGCGGUCUGUCGCCCUCCAUCACGACCCUCGAUCAGCUGCGGUUAAUCGAUCGCAAAAUGGAGAUACCCCACGACGGCAGCAUGUGCGACCUCCUGUGGAGCGAUCCCGAGGACCAGAUCGGAUGGAGUGUCUCGCCCCGCGGCGCCGGCUACCUCUUCGGCCACGACGUCGUGGUCGAGUUCAACCACGCGAACGGCCUCGACAUGAUCUGCCGCGCCCAUCAGCUGGUCAUGGAGGGCUACAAGUGGCACUUCGACCAGUCCGUCCUCACCGUCUGGUCGGCCCCAAACUACUGCUAUCGCUGCGGCAACGUGGCCUCCAUUCUCAAGCUGGACGAGCACCUGAAUCGCGACUUUGUGAUCUUCCAUCCGGCUCCGGAGAAGUCUCGCGCCUGCCCGGCCAAGAUCAAGCCCCGUCCGGAUUACUUUCUCUAGGGAAAGCCAUCUUCUGGCAGACCAAUAAGAAUCUAAAGUACAAAGAACCAUAAAUAGAGCUACCACUAAAAGUAUUCUCCUUAAAGUAUCGGCCUUUUGCCAACCAAUAAAUAGAAAAGGGGUCUAUUGGACCUUUCUCUUUCUAAAGCAGCUUCUUGUAUGCCCUGUUGCCAGGCCAGGCC